ACCUUCAUGUUGGUAAGAAAAUCUAGUUUUUGCCUGUCAUUUAUUUACUUGGAUAACUCAAAAGGUAAAGUUAUAAUAAUUAAAGUAGUUUAAAAAAAAUUGCAAUAAUGGCUAAUAUAGCUGCAAAACGUAUAAAAAGAGAAUUUAAAGAAGUAAUGAAAAGCGAGGAAGUAGCGGAUGGAACUUUGAAAUUAGAACUGGUUAAUAACAGCUGGACAGAAUUAAAAGGACAAAUAGCUGGUCCUUCAGAAACUCCAUAUGAAGGGGGAAAAUUCAUUCUUGAGAUAAAAGUACCGGAGACAUAUCCUUUUAAUCCACCUAAAAUUCGGUUUUUGACGCGAAUUUGGCAUCCCAAUGUAUCCUCAGUGACAGGUGCGAUCUGUUUGGAUAUCUUGAAGGAUCAAUGGGCUGCAGCGUUAACUCUGAGGACCGUGCUACUCUCUAUACAGGCUUUACUUUCUGCUGCGGAACCGAACGACCCACAGGAUGCGGUUGUUGCAAAACAAUAUAGGGAGAACAUUGAACUAUUUCACUUAACUGCACAGCAUUGGACUAAUGUUUAUGCAGGUGGUCCAAACGUGAUAUUAGAUUUCGUGCAAAAGGUGCAAAUGCUUACUGAUAUGGGUGUUGAUGAAAAUCAGGCUCGGGUGGCAUUGUCAACUUUUGAUUGGGAGUUAGAACGAGCUACAGAACAGUUGUUCAGUUAGUCUUGCUAUUUUGUUGUAAUUUAAGAGUUUGAUACAUACACACAGCAAUUAAUGAUACCUCACAUAUGUUAGUGUUUUUGGUAGAGUUUUAUAUAUGCAGGACUAAGGAUAUUUUACCAUUAAUUAAAAUAAAAAGAAAUUGUGUUUGGAAAACAAGUUUCCUUUGCUUUUCCAUUUAUUAUGGUACAUACUUAAAGCUAGAUGUGCUUUUCAUGUAGUUUUGUUUCAAGUUCAAAACUAGGGUUUUUAAUAAAAAACAUUUAAGUUCGCUUGUAGUAUACAAUAUUGUUAAUGAAACAUAAAAUAUUAUUAGCUUUAUUUUAAAUGCAUUCAGUUUAUUUUAUCCUUGAUAUAUGUUUAAAGAAGACUAAAAAGUUUUCUUAAAUAUUGAAAAUGUAAAAAAAGAAAGGUAAAUUAUGCAACAAAUAAAGUCUUAGGACAUAGUCACUUUAGUUUUGGGAAAAAUAAAUUUAUCUUUUCUCUUUGAUUCAUGGUCAAUAAUAAAUGAUUUUUUAAAUUUCUUGGCUGUGUGAUAGUUAUUGAAAGGGACUAAACCUGUCGCCAAGUACUAAUAAAUGUUAAUUUUUUACAAUUACUAAAGGAUUAACCAACUGAUAAUAAUUGUAAAAAAUACACAACUAUUCCAAUAAUUAUAGUAUAUGUGAUGGGUUUUUUUUUAAAUAAAUUGUGUAAUCUGUAAAGAAGUAAACUGGUUUUGAAUUUUGUUUUUAGGUGAAAUAUUAAUAGGCCUCAAUAUAGCAACCAACUAAUUGUGUAAAACUGAAAAUCCUUUUUAAUUUUACUGUGGUUUUUCCAAUGCCAUAACACAUGUACAGAUAAAAAUAUUUAUCUUUGUUUUUGAAAGUGAAUCUGAGGGAUUACAAUAUUUGGACAUCAGUUUUAGCAGUUACAGCCCAUGGUUGCAUUUGGAGCUCUGUGUUAAUUCUAUGAAACACUUGAGCCUCAAUGUUUCCUAAGUGCCUCCAUUGUACCACAAAAUUAUAUAUGUAUUUGUAAAAUUAUGAAUCAAGAUUUCUGUUUCACAUGAUUAAUUGGAUACACAAAAAUCAUUACCUUAUAUUUUUUCUUAGCCAUACUCCGCUACUAUAUAUAGUACCUUUAAUUUUGCCACAUGUAAAGCUUUUGAAGUUUGUUAUAAACAUUUUCAUGAUGACAAUCCUUAUUAUUCUGAAUUGUUAUAAUUAAAAUGGUCACAUAUUUAAACACAAUUUUUUAUAUAACUUUUUAAGGCAAGUGCAUUUUUUCUCCUGUCAUAUUGACAUUGUAAAUGAUUUUGUUGUGGAAAAUUCAUCCAUAAAGUACAUAAAUAUUAGUAACUAGUUUAAUGUUUUGUAAAUUUGAUGACUGAUACAUCUAAAAGUCAUCAAGAACUAGAGAAAGUGUUGUAUGUAAUUUUUGUUUUAGUAUAUAUGUGAAAAUUUAUAAAAAUAUGAAUUUAAAACAA